UCAAUCAAUGUUAUUAUUUACAUCUGUGUUUACAAAAAUGUAAUGUCCUCAUAUGAGGAUGCAGGGUCUCACUAAUCAGUACAUUAUUGCGAGAGAACCUUUUGCGUUGCUUCGCAAAAUGUAACGCAAAAGAAAAUAAAAAUUCCCAUGUCCCAUAAGGGGUUCCGUAGCGUAAGGUCCAACCAGAACAAUGCAACAAACACAAAGAAGACUCAAUUUCCCAGGGUCCUCUGCGUAAAGAGCAACAAAUAUGGCGGUUCGCUUCCAGGUACCCGGACGUGACAGGAAUUAUCAACAGAUGAGCUAAAGGAGCGAAAACCUUCGGAAAGCGGCUGACAUUUUUCAUUUAUCGUUUUCGUAUCAUUUUUUCUUGAGUGGACGGGUUACUAAAGCAUAGAAGAGGAAAUGCCUUCUCCAAAGGCUAAGAACGCCGGUCGCAGGGAUGGCAGCCCGGUGCUCGGCAGUAACUUCGACUUCGUGUCGCUGACCAAGCCGCUGAACCGCUCCUCCCCGCCGCACCUCCUCCAGCGACAGGGCUCCGACCCCACCACCGCUCGCCUCCGGGCCUCGGAGAGCCCCUCGCGUCGCCGAGGCUCCGGCUCCUCCACGGGCUCGGCGAGCGGUCAGGGGCCGCCUGAGGAAGACGGCAUACGGCUCAACCCGUCCCUCAUCGGCAUCUCGCUCAGCUCCCUGCUCGCCAUCGACCUUUGGCUGUCCAAGCGGCUCAGCGUGUGCGCCUGCGAGGACUCGUCGUGGGGCAGCGCUCGCCCCUUGAUGAAGCUGAUCGAGGUAUCCGGACAUGGCAUCCCGUGGCUGGCAGGCGCUGCUUACUCCAUGUACAAGAGCGACAGUGCUGCAGGACAGGAAGUCAUGCUCAACCUGCUCAUGGGCCUUCUGCUGGACCUCAUCCUGGUCGGCGCGGUCAAAGCGGUGGUGCGUCGGCGCCGGCCGGCUCAUAACCAAAUGGACAUGUUUGCCACCUUCUCCGUGGACCGCUACUCCUUCCCCUCCGGCCACGCCACCCGAGCCGCCAUGUGCGGCCGCUUCCUGCUGGCCCACCUGGUGCUGGCUGCGCCGCUCAGGGUCCUGGUCUUGCUGUGGGUGGGCCUGGUGGGGCUCAGCCGGGUGCUGCUGGGCAGGCACCAUGUUACCGAUGUGCUGUUUGGGUUUUGGAUGGGGUACUGCCAGUACAAACUGGUGGAGAUACUGUGGCUCUCUCCUGAAACUCUACAGGGGCUGCUCGGGCAUUUAGCUUAAAUUUAGAGACUGAGAGGAAGAGAGGGGGUGCGAAAUGGUUUUGCUUUAAGGGCCUCUGCACAUUUUUUAUUUUCAUUUCUCUGCUCUAAAAUUAUUUUCAUUGGGGUAGACUCAGGAGAAGAGUUCCCCAAAGUACUGCUUUCUGCUACUUUACAGACAUUCAGUCUGGUUCUUACCUUUCAUUUGGGUUUGUAGGUAGGAAGCAUCUACUAAACAUCAACAACAUUAUGAAACAAACCUAACACUGCGCAGGUCUGUUUUAUGUCGCUAAUAUGUUUGUAAUCAAGCAAAACAUGGGUUGAGUCUUCUGAGGGGUCCUGAAGCUGGCCUCUGUUUGGAUGAGCAGCUCAGAUUAUCAAGACGGGUCUCACAGACGCUCCGUCACGUUCAGAUCUUUGGAGUUUGGCACUCGGGUCCUCUGGGUCCAGAUAAAUGCCAGGAUCCAAAUAUCUCUGCAGAUCAUCGUCAGCGUUAAUCACAAUGUUGAUACCGAUUAUUUCAAGGGAUUAAAGACCAAAUUGGAGGAGACUCUGCUUAGCACUUUAGCUAACUCAACUUUCCUGUUCACCAGGAUACACACGGUGACUAAAUACAUUUCUAGGACCAAGUUGUGCUUAUGUCUUUAAAAAAAAUCACAUGAUCAAGAUAGUUGUUAUUUUCCAUUAGUUAAUGCAGAGGCAAGCGAACAUAAGAAGUAGUUUUGAGUUCCGAUCCAUAAGAUGCACUAAAAAAUAAAACUAAUGCAUGUUUAGAUGUUUUUCUACUACUGUGGAUAAGUCACUGUUGUUAAAGUAAGAUUUGUAAAGUUGUUUCAAACAUGUGGGUUGGCUGGACCAUGUGAUACAUUACCAGGAGUUCAUCAGUAAUAAGAUCAGCCAUAUGGUGUCCUCCUCCUCCUUAUUCUCAGCGCACAUAGAUGAUCUAGUCAUUAACGUCUAAGAUUUCAUAUUCAGCCCAUCACAUUCAGAGUAAACCCAAUUAGCUUCUUAUAAUCAAUAUUGUCAUCAUGUUUACACUUUUUCUGACUGAUAAUCUGUUCUGUUGAAUUGCAUCGACCUGGUUUCCCUGCUCUACCAGAUCAGAUCUGACCACUGAGGGGAUAUUUUAAGGAUUUGGGAGUCAAAUGUUGAGUGUUUACACUUGAUCCUUUUGGCCAUGUUUGCUUGCAUCUGUGGAUUUUGCUUCACCCAGCAGCAGCAAUCAUAAAGUUCUGGUUCACUAAGCCAUAUAAAUAUCAGCGGGAACAUGUAUAAGUUUUCAAAUCUUCUACUUGAUAUACUCUAGCACUUAAAAUCAGUCAUCCGUCACAGCGCCUCCCUGCUUUGGGUGUCAGUUUUUUAUUUCACUAGAUUAUUUCCUUUUUAAGUACUGUUUUUAAUAAUUUAUGAUUAAUGAGGGACAAAUUCUCAUCUGAAUUUCCAACAUUUAAAGAAAAUCUCUGAAGAAUAUGCAAUUAGAUAAAAGCUAAACUGUUGUUUUUAAGGACUCUUAAAUGAAACAUUUGCAAAAAUAAUCGAAAAAAAAAGAGAGAAUUGUUAACCGUAAAGUCAAAAUUUCUGAGAGACUGUCUAAGCAUAUUGUUUGUUUAGAUAAUCAGCUAACGCUGCUACCUUUCCACUCUGCACAGAGAACAGUUUCAGGCUUUCUACACUGUAAAGGACAUGUUGCAUCGUCAUGGCUACCUCCUCAAUACCAACAUAUUCACUGAUCAAUAAUUACAGAACAUCUUUAGCUGUAGAGAAACUAAAGACAAAAAUCAUAGAUGUGCUGUUUUAUUAUUAUUAUUAUUAUUAUAUAAAAGUUUACAUGUGUGAUGCAUGGAGUACGGUUCAUUUUCUCCUCAAUGUCAAACAAUCAAAUCAACAGAACAAAUAGAUGCUUUAGUGACAAAAACAACAAAAGUCAGACAAAGGCUGAGGUUUCAGUGAAGAUGUGCUACUUUCCUUUUUUCAUACGAAAACUAGCAGAAAAUGAACUACUUCCUCUACUGCAGGUGUGUCAAGCCUGUGCUCCCGGUUCACACUGCGAAAACAAUCCUUGAAAGGUGUCAAGAACUUAGUUUUGUGCUCUAAUGAUCCGGUAUAUGGCCUGAAAGUUCAUAGAGGUCAGCAGGUGGUGUACAGUUUUGUAACUUUCUUUACCACGUAGAGUAAUAAAAACUUAAACAUAUCUGCCUGUCUGUGCAGCAUGCCAAAUAGAAUUAGCCUAACCAAGAACAUUUUCCAGCUUCGCUGGAGCUGAUGUAUGCUAUAUAGUGUCAAACACAUUUUCAUGACUGUGACAAAAACCGAACUAAAUCUUAUUUCUCUUCUGCAAACUAGCAAAAGUUGCCUUUCUUGUGAAUGUGCUGCUGAUCUUUGUUUUAAAAUCCCUCAUCAUUUCUUUCUAAGAUCUCUAAAGGCAAUAACCUGCAAAUGGGCCAGACUGACAUCCAGGUGUCUAAACAUGAUGAGUCUUCCUUUAGACUUAAGCUAUUAUUUCACAGCGUGUGUUUGAGUGUGCAUGGUUAGGAGUUAAUUUUUUUAUCAUCAUAUGAUUGCACUUAAUAUUUACAUAAAAAAAGAGCACUUCUGCAAAUCGUCAAUGCGUUGUAGUGACGUCAUCGGUGGAGAUGACUCAACAAAUAUGUGUGUUUAAUAGCAACAUGGGGUCACGGAGGCUGAGGACCCUGGUUUGAGGUGUGUGAAGCUCUGGUUAGCCGUAGUGGCUUCUUCCUGGCUUGAGCAGAUCCAGACGCUCCAUUCGACAAACUUUUCCAUCGGCGACUGUUUGGUUGACGCGUGUCAGACUGUGCCCUCUUUCUGCAGCAACGGACCAACAGUCUUCCCAGUACGUGGCGACUUUCCAGAUUUCAGCGUCCUUUGCUGUUGCAAAUCACAAUAUGCUGAAUAGCACAUUUAUGACCAAAUUUGUUUUAUGGUUGUCCUACUGUGAAGAAUAUGAAUAUGACUUUAACCUAAGAGAAGCAAAGUAAAAUAAGUUGCUACACUGUUAAUAUGUGAGUGGUGGAUAGAUUUUGCACUCAUCAGCUGUUUUCGGUUUUGCUUACUGAAAACCAAUAUACUGUAUUGAAGCUUUAUCUUGAAGUGCUCAGAUAUAUGUUGGUGUGAUUGCAUUGUGUCGUGUCAGUACAUUUGCUUCUGCUGUUAAAUAUGUUAAAGAUUUUUAAUUAAAUGGGGGACGCAAUUGAAA